ACAAACAAACAAAACAACAACAAAAACAAAAAAACAGAAAACCUUUCUGUCCAUCUGAAAGUGCUGUUGGAGGAUAUCCGCUGUGGUGUGGUCAUAAGUGGGACUUUUUCUUUCCUCCCCGGGUCCCGAUUGGCUGGUUGUGGUUGACCGAGGGUGGAGUGCGCCAGAGAGGACCCGUGCGCUCCGAGGCUCUCCAGUCAGGUGGCGCCCACACACCCACCGCUCACUCCAGUUUCACUCCAGACUGCGGAGCUCAAUGGGAUGUAGAGGACUUGGUUACCCUCCGCUCCACUUGGCCUCAUCUUCACAACAGAUUCAAGACAUGAGCGGUGUCACAGAUUGGGCAGAGGAGGAGGAGGACCAAGCUCAGGAGGAGGAGGUGCGAUCUCCUCCCCCGUGGUCAGAGGAGCACUAUGAGGAGCUCUGGGAUCGCGUGGAGGGGGUGCGGCACAAGCUCACGCGCAUCCUCAACCCGGCCAAACUCACCCCGUAUCUGCGCCAGUGCAAGGUCAUCGAUGAACAGGAUGAAGACGAGGUGCUCAACUCCACACAGUACCCACUGCGCAUCAGCAAGGCCGGACGUUUGCUGGACAUUCUGCGUGGUCAGGGCCAGCGAGGUCUGCAGGCCUUCAUGGAAUCACUGGAGUUUUACCACCCAGAGCAGUACACACAGCUGACUGGAAAACAGCCCACACAGCGAUGCUCCCUCAUACUGGAUGAAGAGGGUCCAGAGGGUUUGACCCAGUUUCUGCUUCUGGAGGUGCGUAAACUGAGGGAGCAGCUUCGAAACAGCCGUAUGUGUGAGCGACGCCUGUCUCAGCGCUGCCGGAUGGCGGAGGAGGAACGCAGCCGCGCUGAGCGUAAAGCUCAGGAGUUGCGUCACGACAGGCUGCAGCUGGAGAGGCUGCGUCAGGACUGGGAGUCGGCCAGUCGGGAGCUGGGCAAGCUAAAGGACCGGCACCUGGAGCAGGCUGUGAAGUACUCCAGGGCCCUGGAGGAACAAGGCAAGGCCUCCAACCGUGAGAGAGAACUACUGACGCAGGUAGAGGAGCUAAGGUCCAGGCUGACGGAGGCAGAGAAACUCAAUACUCCAGGGAAUAUUACGCCGGUGAAAAGAAACAGUUUGCUCUCCAAUGGAGUGAAUGGUUCUCCACCUGCUUUACCAGAAAAGCCGCUGCACCGUACUGAUGUUGAGAAAGCUGAGAAGAAAGCGACUCAAAAGAGGGACUCAGUUCCUGCCACUGGAGUCAUAGCUCUGAUGGACAUCCUGCAGCAGGACCGCAGGGAGUCUGCAGAGCAGAGGCAGGAGCUCUGUGACAUCAUUACUAGGCUACAGGGGGAGCUGCAGAGCACUGAGGAGCACAGGGACAAGUUGGAGUCGCAGGGUGAGCAGCUACAGCUGAAGGUGAGAACUCUCCAGCUAGACUGGGAGACUGAGCAGAAGAGGUGUGUGUCCUAUUUCAACCAGAUCAUGGAACUGGAAAAGGAGAGAGACCAGGCUCUGCAUAGUCGAGACAGCCUGCAGUUGGAGUACACCGACUGUCUGCUAGAUAAGAACCGUCUGCGUAAACGCAUUGCGGAGCUGCAGGCCAACCUGGAGCAGCAGCAGAGGGAGCUGGAGAGAGAGAGGGAGAGGAACCGAGAGCAGAGGGAGCAGAGCAGCCCCUGUCUGCACUGUUCCCACCUGUCCCUGUGCAGCGAGGACCAGUGCUACGGACCCUGCUGUUCCCUCGGGCUGGACCUGAGACCCCAGGCCAGUAACCCUCAUCUGCUGCUUCGAAAGGCGUCCUCUAGAGGCCAAGCCAAUGAAAACUCUGAGGAUUUGUAUUGUAACUCAGAGGAGAAUCUCCUUUCAUCAGACAACGAGAAGGAAAUAAACCGGCUCUCCACAUUCCCCUUUCCUCCGUGCAUGAACUCCAUCAACCGAAGAUUCAACACAGAGUUUGAUUUGGAGUCCUGGGGCAGCGAUGAGAAUGAUAACAUUACAGGUGAGCAGAGUGAACAGUCUCUGUGGGAUUCCUGUAACUCCCUACACUCUCAUCUCUUCCCCCCUGACCUGGUCAACCUUCCUGCAGUCUCUUCAAAUCAACCCAACGCCGAUGUUCCCAGGAUACCCCCCCGCUCCCCUUCUUCAAGCCCCCCCACCUCACCAAAGCACCGAAAAGCAAGUCUCGCUGACGAUAUCACGAUAGUCGGAGGAAAUGCAACAGGGAUCUUCAUCAGCCACGUGAGAGCUGAUUCCCCAGCUGAACAAUGCGGACUGAAGGAGGGCAGUGAGCUGCUCGAGCUGGAACGAGUCCUGUUUGGUGGGGGCAGUGUGCUGCUGAGCCAGUGCACCGCGGAGGUAGCCCACUUUUCUCUGCAGUGGUGGACUGAGCUGUCAACACUCAAACACCGGAGCAACCCAGAGGCAUACUCCAAGCUGUGCUCCCAGCUCUCAGCACCUACAUUUAUGGGUGCUGACUCCUUCUAUGUUCGUGUCAAUCUCAACAUGGAGCCUCAUGGUGACCCUCCGUCUCUGGGUGUGUCCUGUGACGACAUUGUUCAUGUCACUGACACAAGGUACAAUGGAAAAUACCACUGGCACUGUUCUCUGGUGGACCCACACACAGCCAAGUCCCUGCAGGCAGGGACCAUGCCCAACUACAACAGGGCACAACAGUUGUUACUUAUAAGGUUACGGAAAAUGGCGCUGGAGCAAAAAGACUUCAAGAAGAAGUUCUUGAAGAAACCAUCCGGACGUGUACGACUGGUCAAGGCAGUCGACCCCGGUUGCCGUGGCAUUGGUUCCACACAGCACGUCCUUUACACACUCAGCAAACGUCAUGAGGAGCAUUUGAUCCCAUACAGCGUGGUGCAGCCAGUGCAGGUUCCGACUAAGCGUCCGGUCAUUUUCUCUCCCUCUCUUCUCUCCCGUGGACUCAUAGAAAGGCUGCUGCAACCUGCAGAGUCUGGUCUGAAGUUCAACACCUGCCCACCAGAGCCUAUCCAGCCAUCAGAGAGACGUGACAAGAGAGUGUUCCUGAUGGAUUCCUGCAGUCAAGACCAGGCUCUGGGCAUACGGCUACAAUCAAUACAGGAUAUCAUUAGCCAGGACAAGCACUGUCUGCUGGAGCUUGGCCUGCCCAGUGUUGAGGGCUUAUUAAGACAGGGGAUUUACCCUAUCGUCAUCUACAUCCGUCCUAAGAACAAAAAGCACAAGACGCUCAGGAAGUUUUUUCCGCGGUGUGGAGAAGACAGCAUAAUGGAGGAGGUGUGCCAGGCCGAGGAGCUACAGCUGGAGACACUUCCCCUCCUCUACUACACCCUGGAGCCCAGCGCCUGGAGCUGCACUGAAGAGCUGCUGGCAGGCAUACGCAAUGCCAUCCACAGCCAGCAGAGGGCUGUUGCAUGGGUUGAACUGGACAGGCUUCAGUAGAGGAGAGAGAUACAGCAGAAUGUGGAUAUUCUCUGUGGAUAAAGAAACUGUGCACAGGCACCACAUAAAGUCACAUUUGAUCUUGCUUUUAUUUUAACAGAGUGGACCAAGAUCAACAUUGGACCUACUUGGAUUUUCAAGGCCAGAUUUGGCCUAUUGUACAAGCAUACAAACGGGUACUUUAUAAUUAAAAUCUAUAAAGCCAAGCUGGACUAGCAGAAAAAAUAACCACAUAAGGAAGGUAUUUAUACCUACCAAUAUUUAGCUGUUUUUUCUCAACAGGAAAUGUGUCAUUUAUUGUUACUUUUUACCAUUCAGACACCUCAAUGCACUCAGUUUUAUUAUAUAACACUACUUUAAAACUUAUUGUCAAGGGAGAAUGUAAGGAGGUAGAUUUUUAAAGACUUUGGUUCAUUUGUUAUUAACCCAUGUUGUAAGUGGAAGAUUAAGAUGUGAGGACACAAGGAGGCGUAGAUGGUUGUUGUAUGUUGUAAGCAGGGAUGUAAUGGAGGGCACAAAUCUGCUUAUCCACAUAUUGUGUUUGCGAUGAAGACUGUCUUUGUUUUUGGGCUGAAAUUAUGAGUACGGUAUUUUAAAGAGGAAAACUGAGGAUAUUUUUAGGUGGGCUAUACAUGACUGAAAGUUGUCAUGUGCUGCAUUUUUAUUGACAUUACAUUGUACACCAGAAGCUCUAGUAAAUCAUGAUAUUUUUCUGCUGUCAAAUUUUUAUUUUAUUUUGU